AUGCUACUAUGCAGUAUACUGCGUGGAGCGCUAUCCGCGUCUUUCGGCACCGUCGUGCAGAUUGCGAUCUUUUUACUGCAGAACACCAAUAUCUCGAGAGUGCUCGCGUCCAUGCCACCGGGAGCCGAGGACGAGAUUAUCGUGAUCGAACAUCUGCCGGGACGGCGGGUGCAUCUCCAGGAUUUCUUUUGGACCGGCCUGGAUGACGCGCCGCCAUGGGUGGAUCCCAAUCAGGGUUUAACUUAUUACGAGACGAGGACGAUCGUUCACACUGUCACAGUUUAUCCCCCGACCGACGAGAAGGGCCCGUCGGAUCCGAUAUCUCCUCAUCGUCCAGAAUGCGUCACGUGCAUAGAACCGACACCUAGGUUGGACGAUGACGACGAUCAGAGCAUCGGGAUCCUCAUCGGAGAUGAUCCUGGUCCGAGGUACUGGCUGUUGACAGUUCUUCGACCAGGCGAAGCCGUACCGCCCAAAGUCGAGCUUCGUUUGGCUCGCUUGUAUCGAGCCGCGUUUGCCAGACAGCAGCAACGGCAUCUUGGCCUGCUGUCGACGGAUCCGCGAUCACGAAGAGACGCGUUGUUGCGCGAUUUGAUUAACCGAAAGAAUAUACAAAAUCGUCUUGGAACUUCAUCCCAAGUGAGAGCUGCGCGAGAAGAGAUUCCUGCAAACACAACUGAAACUCAAUCAUCCGAAUUAACAGUUGGCACUAUCGAAAGCUCUUCGACUCACGCGGAAACUGAGGCGAGCGUUCCAAGCUUAGUCGAUGAGCAAUUCUUCUCGAACGUCUCGCAAGUCAAGUCCAUGAGAAUGAUCGAAAUCCCCAGGCCGAGAAAGAUGUUGCUGCCAAUAUUCGAUGACGCAACGAAUGAUUACGAAAAAUCUACAAAAGACGAUUUCGCUCUGAAGAAGAUCAUAAAAACGUUGAAGGGGGAAACGAGAGCCUUGUCUACGCAGAACGAUGAGUCUAUAAACGUCGCUCCGACACAUCUUAUUCCCGAUGCAAUUGACGAUACCAGCAAACAAUCCCCACCAGAAUCGACGCCAAUUCCCUCGUCUGAUUCAAAAUCGAAUACUGAUAGCAUCUCCAGAAGCCGAUCUAAUGACGAAGAUGCGAGCGUGCGCUCGAGAUUGCGCUUAGCGGGCGGUUCGAUUCCCGGGGUCGUAAAAGUCAGAAUGCAGAAUACGAGCGUUAUCGAGAGCGGCGCGAUGAGAUUGAUCUAUUCGGUUCAUCUCGACGAUAAGCCCGUUCCUGCUGAAACGGCCGCGAGAGACAUGGCGCUUCUCUCGCCCCAGGAAGUCGCCCUGGAGCUCGGUGCACCGGUAAUCAUUCAAAGCGAACCUUAUCUGAAGGAGAGUAGACCUCUGGCUCUGUCGAGGAGGAGAGACGCGUGGCUACUGAUUGGUGCCGCUAGCGCGGGUGUCGUUCUGCUAAUUUUCGUUCUCGUUGGCUUGAUCUUGGUUGCCAAAAGGAAGAGGGCACAUAGCGCUGUAGUUGCACCACCGAACAAAAGUAUUCUUAAAAAGGAACGUGAAUACGCGACCACGACGUCUGGCCUCGACAACACUGCGUUCUCAACGUCGGAGACAGAAAUCAAGACCGACGGUACCAGUCAGCGGCAAACUCCGCGGACGUUAUCCCGAACUCCGAUCACGCCCGACACGCCCGAUAGUCUGGAAUUAGACGUUCACGAAAUUUCCAGCGACGACGACGAAGAACCAAAGAAAACUCGCGGAUCGGUCCUUUGGGGUCAAGAACACGUAGCUAAGAGAGCAAGAGCAUCUCAUGGAAGAAUGACGAGAGCGGACGCAAUGGACCGAGCCGGGUCACCGGACUCAUUAACCGAUCAUAUAGAGACACUGGAGUCCUUGGAAAAUGGCUAUGUAAAACAUAAGGAAGAAUCUACCGCUUCGCCACAAUCUUAUUUAUCGAUGCCAUCGUGCAAGCAGUUUCCUAGUAUGCGCAGCGUAGAACCACUGUCAAGAGUGUUGGAACCUGUCAUGGUCAGGCACUUAGACAUCGAUUCUCCAGAAUUAGUGUAUCACGAUAGAGACAAUACCGAUGACACGUUCCUCGCGAGAACAUCGAGUGCCUCGAAGGAUCCUGGAGCUGUAGGACCCAUUGUUUGGAAUCUUAAUAAACAAUUGUUCUCCACAGAAGGUAAUGGUACAUCCGAAACGGAUAUCGAUGGAGUGUACCGUCUACCACCCGGACCCGUGGGCCGCGCCAGAAGGAGACUGCACGAGUUGCUCGAAGACUCCUUCAGUCUCUUCGGAAGCAGAGACGUCAAGAUCAAAGAACCGCAGCGACUGCCGCAGCCACCGAUCUCCGUUGCGCGUACACCGGAUACGCUCGCGAUCCUCUCGGAAACCAGAGGCAAAUCCGCCCACGUCAGUCCAGUAGUAACGCCAACGAUGGAAAUGAAGACGCGACCCCGUACAUCAUUACCACGUAAAGGUAUGGACGAGGAUAUUCCGGAGACCGGCCAAACUGAAUCAAUUCACUCUCGCGGUGCCUGGGGCUCCAGGCCACUCAGCGCGGGUCCGUUUCAUCGGCCGAACUUGCCGGAAGUGGACACCAGGCGUAUAUUGGCGGACAGCAGGCUUCCGCCGGAAGAUCCUGCGGUGCCUUUGAUCGCGUCGAUCAAAAAAGAACUUGAAAAGUUCUCGUCCCAGUAGAGCCCCCUCCUGUAGCGAGUGCAAUAGGAUGCAAUAUUUAGCUUAAAUACUCGCGCGAAGUGAUAUACUUAAUCUUAAGUCGAAGAACAGUGUAAAUAUUCAAUCAAUCUUUUCCACAAAAUUUUAUAACUCGACGUCGAAGUUUUCGAUUACAUAGAUUAUAAUGUAGUAGAAACAUUUUACGCGUAUCAUAUUUACGUGAAAGCAUAAACACAUUAUAGUAAGAGGCGAAAAAUAAAUCAUGCCGAAGUUUUGCUGUUAUAAAUCAAAAUUGAGCCACCGAAUUUAACUUAUUAAUCAGUCGCUGUAUAUAUCAUUCAACAUAGAAUGCAUUUGCGAACUUAACAAUACAAUCAUGGACAGAAAGGUUUGACUGAUUAAAUUAUUAAAAUAUUAAAAUCAACCUCCUGACUGAUCCGUCCAACAUAGGGAUAUACAAUCUGUAACUCAAAGUAUGCAAUAAACUUAUAGUAUAAUAUAUAUACA